UCAUGGAUCUAGGACUACUGGCUGGAUCUCUUGUCACAUAGGGAAAUGAAGACACACAGGACAGGGGCUCAGAGGGUGCUGGCAGAGCUGUUUCUUCUCUGUGCUGUACUGGUUUUUCUCACUCUGCCUGGCUCGAGAGGUGAAAGGCCACAUUCCCUUGAGUCAAAUGCAGUCAAUGAGAGCCUUGCCAAAAGCAGACAUGUGCGCAGUGUGGCUGUCACUCCAAUGCCUAUUGAUUGUGAACUGUCCAGCUGGUCCUCUUGGACUACUUGUGAUCCCUGCCAGAAGAAAAGGUACAGACAUGCCUACUUGCUCCAGCCAUCUCAGUUCCAUGGAGAACCAUGCAACUUCUCUGACAAAGAAUCAGAAGACUGUGUUACCAGCAGACCAUGCCGAAGUCAAGUGCGAUGUGAAGGCUUUGUGUGUGCACAGACAGGGAGGUGUAUAAACCGCAGACUUCUUUGCAAUGGGGACAAUGAUUGUGGAGACCAAUCAGAUGAGGCAAACUGUAGAAGAAUUUAUAAAAAAUGUCAGCAUGAAAUGGACCGAUACUGGGCAAUUGACAGCCUGGCCAGUGGGUUAAAUUUAUUUACAAACAGUUUGGAGGGCCCGGUUCUAGAUCACAGGUAUUACUCUGGUGGAUGCUUCCCCCAUUAUAUCCUCAAUACACGGUUUAGGAAGCCAUACAAUGUGGAAAGCUACACCCCAAAGACCCAAGGCAAAUACGAAUUUGCAGUGACAGAAUAUGAAUCGUAUAAAGAUUUUGAACGUAAUAUCACAGGGAUAACAAUUGCCGAGUCUAGUUUCAGCUUUGGUUUUAAAAUACCUGUAUUUUUUGAACUUCGCUAUGACACGACAAGUUCUAAUGGUGAACAGUUUAUUCGCAGAACCAAACGAUUCGCUCACACAAAAAGCACAUUUCUGCAUGCGCGCUCUGACCUUGAAGUUGCACAUUACAAGCUGAAGCCCAGAAGCCUCAUGCUCCAUUACGAAUUCCUUCAGAGAGUUAAGCGGCUGCCCCUGGAGUACAGCUACGGGGAGUACAGAGACCUCUUCCGUGAUUAUGGGACCCAUUACAUCACAGAGGCUGUGCUCAGAGGCAUUUAUGAGUAUGCCCUCAUUUUGAACCAGGAGGCCAUGGAGAGAGCAGAUUUCACUCUUGACGAUGUCCGGGACUGUGCCAAGCAUGGUUUUAAAGUUCAAGGGACCAUCAAAAUGGUGUCAAUCAAGGUGGGUGUGUCAGUGGGCCUGUGUGAUGCCAUUCUGGAGGAAAUAGGAGAUAGGAACAAGAGAAAGACUUCUGUGGAAGAUUUGGUGGUCGUGGUACGAGGAGGGGCAAGUGAGCACAUUACGGCCCUGGUGUACAAGGCGUUGCCGACAGCAGAACUGAUGCAGGAGUGGGGAGAUGCAGUGCAGUAUAACCCAAGCAUCAUCAAAGUCAAGGCAGAGCCUCUAUAUGAACUGGUGACAGCCACAGACUUUGCAUAUUCCAGUACAGUGAAACAGAACAUGAAGAAGGCCCUGGAAGAGUUCCAGAAAGAAGUCAGCUCUUGCCAAUGUGCUCCCUGCCAAGGGAAUGGGGUCCCUGUCCUGAAAGGAUCACGUUGUGACUGUAUCUGUCCCAUUGGAUUCCGAGGCCCAGCCUGUGAGGUCACCUCUCGAACAAAUAUUCCUGUUGAUGGGAAGUGGAAUUGCUGGUCAGAAUGGUCAUCAUGCUCUGGGGGACAGAAAACAAGACAAAGACAGUGCAACAAUCCACCUCCUCAAAAUGGGGGCAGCCCCUGCUCAGGGCCCAAUUCAGAAAGUCUUAACUGUUAG